UCAUCAUACAACAGCCACCCGAGCUGUGCACCUUUUCGGGCGCGCUCACCAGCACCAAAAGUGCACUCACUCUCUCUCGCGCGUAUCUGAUGCCUUUCGCCUGCGCAUCAUCCCUCUGAACGUAUAACGAAUCGCCUAUUGCCUUGCCUUGUACGGAAACAUCGUCUUGUUGCACCGUAGCUGCACUAGUUGUAGAAACUGCAACAAACGCCGCGGCCUAUGCCCUUGCCGCGCAGCUCACACCACACAAACCUCGCAUCAGUCGUCGCUACAAAUUCUAUCAACCAUGCAGACACGAAGAAAGAGCCUAAAUCUGGGCGACCUCGGUGUCAUCGCGCCCAAGCGCUCCCGCGCCAUCUCACAUCCUUCGCCUCCCGAUACUGUGAUCGAAGGCGACGAGCCAUCUGUCAAGAGAACGAAGCGGUCGCAUACGUCAAGCUCGCCGUCACCAGGCCUGAUGAGCCCGCCGUCGACACAAACUUCCCGGACAAAGCCUGAACAACCGAAAUUGGACAUCUCCGAAAUCUCGCCUCCACCUUCACCAGCACCCGAAGGCGUGCACAAAAUUGACAUCGAGGGUAUCAAUGAUGAUAUUGUCAUCGGCGUCAUCCGUCAGAUUGAAACGACUGGGAAUAGACCUCACCUGGUUAGAGAACUCGCGUCGGUGCUGACACACACCCAUGCGUCAGUUGAGAAAUCCGCUAAUCAGAAUGCAUUAAUAUCCUCCCGUCUCACUGCUUACCUCCAACGACCAUGGCCGAACAUGAGCCCUUGUCCUCUCGCCAAAGAGAUCUCGACGGUCCACCCACGACGACUGUACUAUUACCUUACCACGACACCGCGACAACCCAUUCCGACUCAUGAGCUUCCACCACCCAAACCUGUCGCACGAAUCGUUUCACCGUCCUUGUCUUCCGAAUCAGUCGCAGAUGAAGAGCAGCGUAAUUCAAGAGACCGACAGGCAAUGUCACCUUCUCCCGAAGUAGACCUAUCCUCAGCAGAAUUUGAAAACGAGCACGGUUCUGCCUCAUCUAUACCUGGCGGCUCAUUUCCAGGACGAAAUUCUCUCCCGCGCGAUCGACCGAGCUACACUGCACAACGCCGCAGCAGCCCUCCUCUCGAAAGGGAAGAGCGGGAUUUCAAACAGACCGCGACUGCGCUCCACGAGCAGGCACAAGCUCGUCGUAGCAGUCUGAAAGAUGUGCCCAUGAGCGGAGACAAACAAAGCAUCGCACCCAGCGACACGAACGUCACAGUCUCGAUCGAAAUGGCUGAUCCCGAUCACCGUGCCACGACCGCCGAACUUUUCAACCUGCGCCUUCCCGCGGCGAAUCACUUUGAACUCAGCAGUCCCAUGAUGAAACCUCAAAGCGACCUCCGCAUCACUACCAUGAUCUCGGACCAACCCGCGGACCGAAAGGACGAAGAUCAUGCCAUGCUAGAUCGGAGUCCGAAUUCCGAUCAUGGCCAGACGAUGGACGAGGAAUUCGCCUUCUCCGUUGAGAAUCUGCAGUGUCCCGAGGAUAUUCAACUGGACGAGCUGGAAGAUAUGUUUGAUGCGUAUUGAUGAACAGCCAGGCCAGAGCAGCUUUCCUCUCCUCA